AUGUCCCACGAAGCAGCUCUCACAUCCUCCACCGCGCAAGCAAUUGCACCCGACCUCUUCCCACCCCGCACAUCUCCCACCCCAUCCCAAAUCGAAGCGGGAAUUACCGCGUGUCUCGAAGUUCAGCGCCGUGCCGUCACGCAAGGAAAACGGCCUUUUGCGGCCGUUCUAUUGGGGCCUGAUAACGAAACUGUGCUUCUCACUCAUCAAAGCAUCGAUCAAGUAAAUCAUGCCGAGAGCUCAUUGGCGCGAUUAGCUUAUGCGCAUUACACGAAGGAAUAUUUGUGGAGGUGUACAUUGGUUAGUACGUGGGAGCCGUGUGCUAUGUGUUCUGCGACGAUUUACUGGGCACAUAUUGGGAGAAUCGUAUACGCGGCAACGAAUGAGCAAUUGGCGGGUCUUACCGGGCCUGGAAAUAGAGAGAAUUUUACACUGAAGUGGCAUGCGAGGGAUAUUUUGGAGGGCCAACAGAAGGAUAUUGAGAUUAUUGGGCCGGUGGUGGGUAUGGAUAAAGUGGUUGUGGAGGAGAGCGAUAGCUUUGAGCUAUGUGAAGGAUACACCAUACAAGCUUCAAAACAGGUCAGAUCCAGUUAG